ACUGCUCAGUUGUGCGAACGCUGUCGUCGAAGCAACAAGCAAGGCGGAAAAACGAAAAGAAAAUUAAUUGUUGGAAUAAGAAGCAAAUCAAAGAAAAAGGCUUGUUAACAACAAAACUCAAACGAUAUUGAAUUACGUACAGCAAAGAGUAACUCGCAAUUUAAAGUGUUUACACCAACAGCAGAAAUAGAGUGAGGCGACUUGCAAGUUUUUCGCGUAUUAAAACCAAGGAAAACCACAAGAACAUCGUGUGAAAACCGAAGUUGCUGCAACGAAAAGGGGCUAAAGGUGGAUUUAUCACUAGCAAACUAUUCGCCAAGCAAGUGCAAUAAAAAAUAAUGGCUGGCUACUAACAAAUUUGUACUCACCAAUUUAACAAAUCAUAAAUAUAGUGUCGUAAUACGCAAAAGGAGAACGGUUGCGUUACCCCAAUAGUUGCAAUUCAAAAAUUGAACAAUAUCGAUAAGUAGUUAAUCGAUAUUACUACCGCUCAACAUGAAUAGUUUGGUGCGCGUGUUUAGCAAUCUGCAAGAUUUUUACAAUGACAUCAAUGCGGCCACACUAACUGGAGCUAUCGAUGUGAUCGUCGUAGAGCAAAAGGAUGGCGAGUUUCAAUGCUCACCAUUCCACGUACGUUUCGGCAAGCUCGGAGUGCUGCGCAGUCGCGAGAAAGUGGUGGACAUUGAAAUCAAUGGCACACCCGUUGACAUACAGAUGAAGUUGGGCGACUCCGGUGAAGCUUUCUUUGUGGAGGAAUGCCCCGAGGACGAUGGCGAGGAGCUGCCCGAGAACUUGGCCACAUCACCCAUACCAAAGAGUUUCCUGCAGUCGCUGAAUAAGGGCAACGACACCAUGGAGGACAUUAGCGGCGUAGCCGCCGAUAAAAACGCUAGCGAUGAUUUGCAAAUACCGUUGCCAAUGCCGCGCCGUAACUCCAUUGAUCUGUCCAAGGAGGAGCCCAAGGAAAUUGCCGUCGAGGGCAACAAAUUCGAGAAUCAAGUCUCGGACUACACCCAGCGCAGACACACAGACAACGUGUUGGAACGUCGCAAUUUGGGCGAUAAGCUUAAAGAGUAUACAACACAAAAGAUGCGCCAAGAAUGGGCUGAGCAUGAGGAGCUGUUCCAAGACAAGAAACCACAGGACAAAUUGCCAGAGUCCGAAUCAAAAUCGGAAGCGAAGCCAACGCAAGUGGACACAGAACCCGAAGUGGUCUCUAUUAAGGCAGAGCCAGCUGCAACGUCACCAGUAACAACAUCGACAACGACGACUCCAGUUGUCGUCAUAGAGCCCAACAAGGAUGAGUCGAAGAGUAAAACCAAGAAACGCCGCAAGAAGUCGCAGAUGAAAAAGAAGAAUUCACAGCGUAAAACAUCGUCGAGCAGCUCGGCAGGCAGCGCCGCUGGCGGCGAUGCCAUCAACGCUGAUGCUAUCUCCCUUAAUUCGGUGCAGGUGAGCAAUAUCGAUGAGACCGAUGUGCAGAUCGCCAGCAUUUCCACCAUCACCAACAUAACCAAUAACAACACAAUCUCGUCGUCGAAUGACGAGCAGCCAUCGGCACCGUUGCUAACAGCACACACCGGCGAUGACAGUGCGCUCAGUGAGCUGACCACGCCCACAAAUCUAGCAUCACGUCACGAUCCCGAUAUUCACUUCUUUAGCGACACCGAGAUCACCACACCCACUAGCAUUGGGGCGUCGAGUGCGGCCCGCGGCGGUGGACGUCCAUCGACGCCCAUUCAAAGCGACAGCGAACUGGAGACGACCAUGCGGGAUAAGCGUCAUGUGGGCGAGGAUGAGAACAGCGGCAUGUGGAACUGGGGUGAACUGCCCACGCCCGAAGAGGAUGCCGAGUCCACGCAGAAUGCGCGGCAGUCUGGCAGGUUGUUGUGGCAAAUGUUUAGCUUCAUGAAGCGGGCAAAUCGUUUGCGCAAAGAAGGAGCCGCCAAUCAGGCUGGUGACAUUUAUCUUUCGGAUCUGGAUGCCGGUAGCAUAGAUCCCGAGAUGGCUGCUCUCUAUUUCCCCAACCAAAAGCCCAAGGAAGCAAAGGCAACGCACAGCGGCGACGAAGAUCGCGAGAGUGGCAAUGGCACCAGUUUGCCGCAUUCGCCCAGCUCGCUAGAGGAGAACCAAAAGAGCAUGGACUCGGAUUUCGAUGAGAGCAAACAGCAGCAAGAUAAGAAAUAUCUGGACUUUGUGGCCAUGUCCAUGUGCGGCAUGCAGGAGAAUGGUGCAGCACCUGCGGACGAGGAGUUCGAUCGCCAGUUGGUCACCUACCACGAUGUGUGCAAAAAUCCACAAAUGUUCUCAUCGCCAAAUUUAGUUGUACGUCUAAAUGGCAAAUACUACACUUGGAUGACUGCAUGUCCCAUUGUCAUGACAAUGAUAACAUUCCAGAAGCAACUAACCGAAGAUGCCAUAGAGCAGUUGAUAUCGCCAUCUCCCAUAGCUGUGGGCGAUGACAAGCCCGAGGUGGCUCAUCAGACAGACACUGUGGGCCAAACGAAGCGUUCGUGGUGGAACUGGAGACGAUCUCAGGACGCCGCUCCCAAUCAGCCAAAUAAUAACAAGAACGCCACACUCGAUAAAGUCGACAAAGGUCAAUACAACUUUGCCGAGGAUGGUGAUCAGGCGGCGGCUAGCACGCAAACAUCGCGUCCCAAUUCACCAGACGUUAGUGAUCCAACGCUGAGCAAGAGCGAUUCUCUAGCAAACGCUGAGAACACUUCGGCCUUGGUCGACAACCUAGAGGAGCUGACCAUGGCCUCCAACAAGAGCGAUGAGCCCAAGGAGCGCUACAAGAAAUCACUGCGCCUCAGCUCGGCAGCUAUUAAAAAACUAAACCUUAAGGAGGGCAUGAAUGAGAUUGAAUUUAGCGUGACAACAGCUUAUCAGGGCACCACACGCUGCAAAUGCUAUUUGUUCCGCUGGAAGCACAACGACAAAGUCGUCAUCUCGGACAUUGAUGGCACGAUCACCAAGUCGGAUGUCUUGGGUCAUAUCUUGCCCAUGGUAGGCAAGGACUGGGCACAGCUGGGUGUGGCACAGCUCUUCUCAAAGAUCGAACAGAAUGGCUAUAAGCUAUUGUAUCUGUCGGCUCGUGCCAUUGGACAAUCACGUGUCACACGUGAAUAUCUGAGAUCUAUUAGGCAAGGCAAUGUAAUGCUACCCGAUGGCCCAUUGCUGUUGAAUCCCACAUCGUUGAUAUCCGCAUUCCAUCGCGAAGUAAUCGAAAAGAAGCCAGAACAAUUUAAAAUUGCUUGCUUGUCAGACAUACGCGAUCUGUUCCCCGAUAAGGAACCUUUCUAUGCGGGCUACGGCAAUCGUAUUAAUGAUGUGUGGGCCUAUCGUGCCGUUGGUAUACCCAUUAUGCGCAUCUUCACCAUCAACACGAAGGGCGAGCUUAAGCACGAACUGACCCAAACAUUCCAGUCAUCGUACUGCAGCAUGACUUACAUUGUGGAUCAGCUGUUUCCACCCGUAAAGCAUGACGAAGUCGCCGUUGAGUUCUCCAAUUUCAACUAUUGGCGGGAUCCAAUUGCCGAUUUGCCGGAAUUGGACACGGAAUUGGUGCCGCCCAGCAAGCUAGACAGCGCCACACUGAGACCCAUUCCAGAGAAAUGAAACGCAAAAUAGUUCAACAGCACAUUGGCAGAUGGAACAUAAUAAACCCACAUACAAUCUUACAUACAUACAUACUUACUAUAUAGUAUAUGCCCACAUACAUACAUAUAUAUCUAUGCAUUAUCUAUUCAAAGCUUCUUGUCGUGUUAGCAAUUCAUAUAUUUCGUUGUAUCUCCAAAGAGUGGAUUAAUUUAUUAUCGAUAUUUAUCUAGUUAAUCCAAAAACAAAAUGAAAACGAUUGAAAUUCAUAUUUACAUUAUGCAUUAUGUAUAUUUUUUUUAUUAAAUUUAAAUUAAAAUUAGUUGAGUCGGAAGAAACCAGAGAAAGUGAUUUAGCCUAUGAUUUUUUGCAUUCGUUUAUGAAUUAAUUUAUAAAGUUAUUUGCGAGAGAAUUGAAUCAAAGACAGUUUAACGGAUUUAUUUGUAAUUUUUAAAAUUAUUCUAUUUGCUCUUAGGACUUUAUGAAACUGGUGAAUAAUUAAUAAAAUUAAUUGUGAAACUUGCUUGAAA